GCUGUGCGUAAUGACGUCAUCUUCAGUACCCGGCGCGCGUUGCUGGAGGGAGAUCGGCGUGUUUUUCUCGGAUUAUUACUUCUCUGGGUUUUAGAAUGGCCACAGAUGACAUAGCCCAGCUGGCAGAUGCACUCUCCAAAACCCAUGUUGGGGAUGGAGAGCUGAGCUAUAAAGGCCUGGGACUGAAGCUGGACUCUGAACAAUCAGUUAAAGAUAUAGUUCAAGAAAUUGAUCAGUACCAAGAUCUGAGAGCUCUUCGCCUGGAAGGAAAUACUCUGGGCGUGGAGGCAGCCCAUGCUAUUGCCAAAGCUUUGGAGAAAAAAGACCUGCUACAGAGAUGCUAUUGGAGUGAUAUAUUUACUGGAAGAUUACGUUCUGAAAUCCCAACUGCUCUGCACUCCCUGGGCAGUGCACUGAUGUGUGCAGGGGCCUGGCUCACUGAGCUGGACCUCAGUGAUAACGCCUUUGGUCCUGAUGGUGUGAAGGGAAUCGAGCAGCUAUUAAAGAGCCCGACCUGUCACACACUGAAAGAGCUACGGCUUAAUAAUUGUGGCAUGGGGAUUGGAGGAGGAAAGAUCUUGGCUAAUGCCCUGAUUGAGUGCCACAGGGAGUCCUCAGCGCUGGGAGCACCUCUUAAACUCAAAGUGUUCAUGGCAGGAAGAAACCGCUUAGAAAAUGAAGGAGCCAGUGCCUUAGCCAAGGCAUUCAAGCUGAUGGGCAGCCUGGAGGAGGUCCACAUGCCACAGAAUGGGAUCAACUACACCGGAGUGAUGGCUCUAGCCUCAGCCAUGAGAUAUAACCCCGAGCUGAGGGUUCUCAACUUCAACGACAACACAUUCACCAAGAGAGGAACACUGGCUAUGGCCCAGGCCCUGAAGCACCUAAAGAACAUUCAAGUGAUCAACUUUGGCGACUGUCUGGUCCGCUCUGAAGGAGCUAUUGCCCUCGCUGCUGUGCUAAAAGAAGGACUGCCCAUCCUGAAAGAGCUUAACCUGUCAUUUGGGGAGAUCACAGAGGCAGCCGCUCUUGUGAUCGCUCAAGCUACUGCAGAAAAAUUCCACAUGGAGAAAUUGGAUCUUAAUGGUAACUGCUUGGGAGAGGAGGGCUGUGAGGCUUUAAGAGAGGUUAUGGAACAAAGGGAAAAAGGAGAAAUGCUUGCGUCACUGAGUGACGAUGAAGGAGAACCUGAGGAAGAGGACGAUGAAGAUGAUGCAGAUGAAAAUGACAGUGGUAAUGAAAUUGAUGAAGACGAAUGUGGCUCCGGGAAGAAGGAAGGAUUUAUCAACGAAGACAGCCCCACAAAACCUACUUGCUCGGCAGAAGUGAUGGCUUUUAUCACUAGCCCUACAGUAGAGAAGCUCCUUCAGCUGGGAGAGACACGUGUAAAUGUUCAACAACAGGUGGAGACCUCUGACCCACACAAAGCUGCAGAGCUACUUAUGAAAGUUGCUGCUUUAUACCAUGACGAGCCUGAAGCCAAGGAAGCUGUACUGGAAACUAUUGAUGGUGUUAUGAAGAAGUGCCUCUCUGGUUCAGACUUGCAGUCGUACUGCUUCCUCUCUACACUGCUGGUUAUAAUGGGACUGCUUAAGGGUGAAGGCAAAGUAAAGAAGAUGAGUCUGGUCCCUGGUCAACUGCUCUGUUUGGAACAUGCUGUCCAACAAAACUAUUUUAAACCAGAUUACACCUCACUGCUUUACACUUUUCUAUCCAAGAACACGGAGGCUCUUAAGUCCUGCAGCAGUGCCAGAGACAAGCUGAUGUCUACACUUGAGAAUACGCUCAACAGUGAAGAAAACUGACCUACUCCAUCAACAACAAAGCCUUAAACUUGAACAAGGGACAAGGACAACCACUGUUCUCCUUCUUCGUUUGUAUAUUUUGGACUGUCCUGAAACUUUAUUUUUUUACUUAACAAUUAUAUUUUUAUAGAAAACUAGUUCUCGCUUUGAAUUGGCUAAUAUAAAAUGUUUAGCCUUUUUUUAAAAUUAGGGUUUAAAAUGAAGUUCUUCACUUCAGUCUAACCACUUUUAGGACAGUCUGUUCAGUCACUGCUGUAUAGGGCCUGGGACCACAAUCACAAGUUUCUUUCACUAUAUGGGGCCCAAUGACUGUAAAAAUGUCUUUAAUACAUGCAAUUUAAAACAUGUUACACAAUAUUACCUCAAUAUAAACUGAAGAUAAAAGGAAAUGCUCGCCAGUAAAAUUAAGAACGGAUGGCAAAAGUCAAUCUUCACUGAUGUAAUAAAUACAACCUAUUAAACAUG